AUGGGGAUAAUUGCAAAAAUAUUUGGUAAGAAAAAAUUUACUUUGAAAUCAACAACGAUUGUUUUCAGCGGGCGUUGCGCAAGAGAAGCGUGCAGUGAAGAAGGAAGAUGUCCAUAUGGCUGCGAAUUUGGAUGGAAAAACGGAGACGAUGGCGAUUGCACCGAGCCAAUUUGCCAGAUUGAAUGCGCUGGGCCGACGAAUUCGUCGAGAAAUUAUUGCGUGAGCCCAAACGAGUGCAUUUGUGGCGAGAAAAAUUGGGCAAAGAGAGAGAUUGAAAAUUAUGGAAGCUUUUGCUACAGUCUUCGAGCGAAUGGAUUGAAAGGUGCGAUUUUUGCGCUGGUUAUUCUUAUUUGUGCGAUAACGGCUUGUGACAAAAUCCAGGGCCAUCUUUUGGAGCAAAAAAGAGGGGAGCAAGUGACCUACCGACGAUUCAAGGGUGUGGAGAAGCGAUCUCGUACGAUGAGAAGACCUCCGACUGUAUCAAGAAUUCACGAGGACAGUGCGCGAUAUCGAAGAAUUGAAAUUAUAGAGGAAGAAAUGUGA